GGUAUUGUUCUCUGUUGACUAAUUGUUCAACUAGAACACAGAUAGUGUUAGCCCAGUGAAGUAAAGAUACAAUGUGUAUCCAUUACAAGUUAACAAACACUGUCUAUUUGUCAAGUUGGACAUGUGACAUUUUGAUGAUUUUCUAUGACAGCUUGACAUCAGUAAGAAGUGGAGCUCAUAGCUGUUGGGUAGUGUCAAGGCAUUGAAUGGUGAACCUUGUUUUCAAAAGCUUGCUGAAACUAAUGACAGUAGUAGUUUAUGUUAGUCAAUCCCAGAAUCUAUUGUUUAUGUUCCGUUUCCUAUUGGACAAAAAAGAAAGGAAGUCCUGUAUACAGCCUUCAUUAUGUGAUUGAAAUAUGGAGAUAACUAAAUAGAUAAGAGAUAAUGAAUAUAGUGAGAAAAGUUUUAUUAAUAAAAUCAUCAAUAUGUAAAUUGAAGUGAGAGAAACCAUGCAAGGUACAGUAACAGACACACAAACUCCUAGUACCCAACAAAACCGUACAACACUGCUUCAUACAACAGAAUAUGAUACAUGUGCUCCUGAUCUGGAAUCCGAUCAAAAUGGGCAUGAGACAGCACUGGAAUCAAGUUUUCCAGAUUCCCACUCUGUGUUUUCGGAAUUUGUAUCCCUGGAAGUACUGAAACGAGACACAACCGUGUCCUCGGACUCGUCAGUGUCCUCUGAUUUUUUCGAUGAUUCGGUGGAUCAUUUAAUAUUAGUGCUAAAACAUGACAACAUCAAAAAUAUGAAACAGUUUUUACGGACACGAUUUUGGAUGGUUGAUCAUGAAAUACGGGAGUCUCUGUGGUUGAAUCUCUGUCGACAUCUACACAAGGCUGAUGGUGAUAUCUAUGAGGAAAUGGUAACAGAACUAUUUCCAGAUGAAAAUAUAAAAGAUGUCGCCUUGCCAGGAUUUAUUGACCAGAAUAACCUGACACCAUAUUUUUUAACCAAUGAUGGUGUACAUCAAGCAGCAAAGAUAUUAGCUGUUAUAAUUAAUAUGAACCCAGAUAUAACUUAUUGUCCCCCUGUCUUCUCUCUAUCUUGUCUCUUUCUACAUUAUAUGAACUCUAACGAAUGUUUUAACUGUCUCUACGGUUUACUCAGAAGUAAAGAUAUCAACUAUUUGAUGCAGACACGGGUAGCAUGGGAUGCCUCUAAAUAUGUCAUGAAAGAUUUGACCAAGAAAUAUGCUAAAUCAGCAUAUGUACAUAUGAUACGACAGUGUAGUAAUAUAGAGAGUAUAUUUGAGCGAUGGAUCUGGUGGAUAUUUAGUGAUUUACCAUUUGAAUAUAUCGUAAAAAUAAUUGACUGCUUCCUCUUGGAAGGUGUUAAAGUUUUAUACCGAGUAGGGUUGGCCAUACUCAUAACAUUUGCCAAACACAACGGUCGGAGAAAUAGUCGUGAAGUAGUAGGAAGUAAUUUAGGAGUAACAAUAAAGUUAUUCUGUGACAAGAUGCCUAUUAAUAUCAACAAGUUACUAAAGGUAGCGUUUGGCAUCCGAGGCCUAACGAGAAAAGAGAUUAAAAAACUUCAGGUGAAAAAUGAGAUGUAUGUAAACAGUAAAUCACAUAUAGCCAAUCACGAAAUUAGUCGAGUUGGUUCAAACCACUCUGUACAUGGUGUUCCUUUAUCAAGGUCAUUUAGUGGGCCAAUCAUAUUACAACAUGUUGGAACCAGUAUUCUUAAUGUUGAAAUGCCCCAAAGCUCAAGAUCAAGGUCACGGUCUUUAGGAAUGUAUGUCUUUCCAAAUAAGGAAAGUCAUAUUUUGAAUCAGGAGGACAUUCAUUUGAUAUGGGGUUGGUUACCACCAAGACUAGCUGUCUGUCAGCCAUUUUUAUUGUACACAUCUGAAGAACACGGAACAAGUCUACGAACAUUGUAUAGUAAGAUAGAAGAUAAAACACAGACUAUAAUUAUCAUUAAAACGACCAGAGGAGAGAUAUUUGGAGCAUUUUGUUCAGCACCGUGGGAAGAAAGAAAGUCAAGCAACAAGAAUUUAUCUUAUUUUGGAACCGGAGAAACAUUCCUUUUCUCAUUGCAACCUUGUAAAAGGAAAUAUGAUUGGGUUGGCAUCAUACAAGAAGGAAUCCCCAAAACUGCAAAUAUGUUCCUGGCAGGAGAUAACUCUGUUAUGACUAUUGGAGGAGGAAAUGGUGAAGCUAUUCAACUGGAUGAAAAUUUAGUACAUUGUAGAUCAGAAAAAUGUGAUACAUUUCAAAAUGAACCUCUGUGUUCAUAUAAGGACUUUACCUGUCAGGUAGUUGAGGUCUAUGGUUUUGAGUAAAGAAAAGAAAUGCUCAAUGACAUUAGUUCUUGUUGCUUGCUGACAGUGUUAUGUGUAAAUUAUUUUGGAUACUCGAGCUGAUAUGAUUAAAGAGUACUCUUUCAUUGAUAAUGGGGACAGUCUCUGAAAAUCAAUGGCCGUUUGUAAGCUCCACAAAAACCAUUCAUUAAUGUUAUACUGGUCAUUGGGUUGAUAGUUUUACAGAAGUGCUUUUGGAAGACCAAGAAUUGAUAGUCUGUAGAAAUUGUAUAAACUUUAUUGUCAGACCUUAUAGAGAAUUUAAACAUACAGUUUGUUAGAGAAUUUAAAAUUACAAUUUGUAGAAAAGUAUAGUAGUCUAGAAUGCAUCUAAGAAAACCAAAAUAUGACAUAAUCAAAUCUUAUUUGUCUCUGUAAGUUAGUUUUGUACGAAUUUUAAUAAUUGCUAUGAUUUAUAAUAUAUCAAAGUGGUUUAGCUCCAUUAAUCUAAAAUUAAUUGUUCAGAAAUUUAGGACAUUUCAUUCAUUCAUUUAAAAUGAAGUUUAUGAGUUUAAAUGACAAACAUGAUUAAUAUGGAAUUUAUAUUUGCUCUGCUUUUAAUAGCAACAUGAAUUACAUAAAUCUCAGUUUCCAUAUAAACAAAAGCAUAUAGUUAUGUAUGCAGUUGCUAGAAAUCUGUAACUUUAAUUAGACGUGCAUGUUCUAGAUAAUACUGUGCCAAUAUUUAGACUUCAAGCCAAAUUGCCGGUUGUAACACUAGUAUGGCAUUAUAGUCAUAACGUUUAUUUUAUUCUAUAAAUUCUAAUUUAUAACUGUAAUUUGUACAAUUUUUAAAUUCCAUUGAAUAUAUUUUAAAUAUCGUCAAUGGACAAGAUAUAAGGUUUAAACUAAUUUACCCCCAUGCAAUAAAGUUUUGAUUUUGAGGUAAUUUUUCGCCCAUAAAUUAUAAUUAAAGUUCUGUUGAUAAUAUUAAUUGAAGUGCUGUGUUAUAUUAUUUAUAUAUUUCAUUAUUUAGUAAUUUACUGAGAAAUAGUUGUAUGGUGUGCCAUAACUACACAUUUAUUUAAAGACUACUUCCACUACAAUCAUUGAUGUGGCUAUCACUGCAACCUUAAUACUACUUUCUACGGAAUUUAAUUUUCCAUUCGUUGUCAUUACGUAGAAUAAUGUCAACUGGUCUAUAGUGCAGUAAUCAUAAAUACCACAUUAUGUUCUCGUUGGAGCAGUAUUAACUUUCAGUGAUCACAUGUAUAUGUAGUUUGGAAUUUUUGGGGAUAAUGACACAUUAACUUUUUAGAUUAUGAGGAAAAUGAUUGCUUGUGUACAAUAAUAAUUGUUAUCAUAUAAACAUGUAGUCAUGGUUGAUAGGGUGGUGUUAAAAUGUUGUGAUUUGUGUUGUUAUAAACUUACUCAGUAAUCAUGUUCAAAUUGCACUGUACAUAAUCAUAUUGUAGAUAUGUAGACAAAUGUAAAUAUAGAAUGUUUCUGUAGAUAGAUGUAAAUAGAGUUUUGUAAUAGAUAUUUGUGAGUAGUGCAAAAUAUUCUAGUUGUCAAAUCAAAUUACAAUUGUGUGUGUAUCGAAUAGCUAAUGCUGCAUAUAUUGAAUUGAUCGCAACCCAAUCACAUUUUAUUUAAUACAAAAUGUGAUUUGUUUUGUCGACAAUCUUUCCUAAUGUAUAAACAUAAAAUGUAUAAUAUAUUAAGGAUGCAUUAUGUAAGAUUUAGAUAAAAAGCUGGCCGUUCUUGCUAUAAUAGUUUAAAAAUAGAUAAUGAAAAUAGGGGUUUCAGGUCAUGUGACAUUAACAUGAAAUCUGACAGCCAGCGGCUGAAAUAUAGCCCACUUCAAUCUACGAUUCUCAAUUACUAUUUUAUUUAUAUGUAUUACUAGCAAUUGUAUUGUAAUAGUUUAAUAUCAAUCUCAAUAUCUGCAAAAAUUCAGGCUCAAAAAUUGUCGAAAUGUAAGCAAAAUUACCGUUUAUGUACAGGAGAUGUCACGCGGCCGGGGAUUUUCCAUUGCUACGACCCACUUCAUUGUUGGAUCGGCACCUUAGUUUCCAGGGGAUUUCAACAUAGAGCUGUCCAUAGCGCGCGGAUUUCAGUUUUAAAACUGGUACUAGCGAUAAUACCACUUAUGUCGUCACUCGGAUAUGACUGAAAAGCACUUAUUUUGGUGCCAUUGCAUGCAUUGACUGCUAUAGAGCAUUUUGAUUACAUUAUUGACAUCGAUCUCGGAUUUUAAAAUUCCAUAACUUUAGAUCUAAUUAGAUUAUUUUGAUGAAAUAAAAAAAAUUUGGGUAGCAUAUUAUGUAUAUUUUCACAAAAUAUUUUCAAUACAUUUUUUUCUGUCAUUUAAAACUUUGACAUGAAACCCCUAACGACAAGAGAAUAUAAAAUUUCAGUCAAAUUACUUUAUUGUGAGCGAAGUUAUAACCGUUUAAAGAAUAACAUAGUCUUGAUUAUCAUUGCUGCUGUUGUUGAUCAUCCGUUUCUAUGCCCGACAAAAUGGCCGCUCCUCUUAUGCAAAUAGUAUAUGUUAUAUCACAUACUCCUUGCAGUGUUUCGUUUACUUAGACCUAAUCCCACUCAAACACUGCCAUACUACGUGCAAAUUUCUGUCCCAAAUUAUGACUGGUUAAUAGUCCGAUCAACAACCAGUACAUAACGACGUAACAAAAUCAAUCGGGAUUAACCAGAGCUCUAAAUAUGUUACAGUAAAGUGUCUGGUGACAAAUGCGGCUACAUUAAUCAGUGGUUAAAAACAAAGGCUGGGUAUCACAAAACCAUCUUUUAUAGCAUCUGACGUUUUGUAAGUGUCUAUACUGGUAAUAUGACUGGUGGUUUCAACAGUAGCACAUGCUUUACAUUUAGGUCUAUUACAUGGUUUGCAUCCUCUAUAAAAAUCACUGUCAACUACAGGCACUUCAGGUGUUUUCAGUGUAUUCACUUGUAUCAAUUGACCAAUAGUCUUACAUUUCUUCUGGGAUAUUACGAUGUUUGAUUUAUCCAACAGUUUAGACGUAGGGGCGCUAGUCUCUAAAAUCGAAGUAUCUUGCGCUAAAGUAUGUAAAUUAGGUUGACGACAGUUUUGGUCCAAUUUUCACGAAAUUCGAACUCAGCCAAAGUUUUUUUAAAUCGGAUAAAAAUUGUGACCUCUAGAGGGCCCACCAGCUAAAAAUGCAAUUUUUCGUACAAUCAAGGACCAUAAUUCAGGAAGUUACGAUCCAAUAUGCGCAAAUAUCAAAAGGAAACAAGAUAUUUGGGUUAUACCCCUUGCAUUUCAAGUUUCAUCUAAAUCAGAUCAAAAUUGUGACCUCUUAGAGUGUCCACAAGCUACAAACUUGAUUUUUCGUACAAUCAGGGGCCCUAAUCCAUGAAGUUAUGGUCCGAUACAUGCCAAUUCGAAAGGAACUGAGAUCUUUGGGAGAUAGACCUAGAUUUCAAGUUUCGUCAAAAUUGAAUAAAAAUUGUGGACGAAUGGACAGGGGCGACAGCAUAAUACAUCCACAUGAAAAUGUGGGCGUAUAAAAAUCACAUUUGUUUUUAGCUCAUUCUCUGUCCAUCUCUUGCAAAAUGUGGGCUUAUCUUGUAUGCCAACCGCUUGUUAUUAACUGCCGAUCGUGUUUAAAUCCAUUGAAAAUCACACCUAUUCGAUGGGUUAGAGAGUUGAUUAUAGGCGUGUCAUGUAAAUAAAUGUCUAAUUAAUAAUUUACAUAACAUUUGAAGCCAAAAUAAAGACCUGCCAUAGGCAGAUUUUGGUAUUACAUAAUGCAUCUUUAACAAGUUGAUAGUUGUAUACAGUGGAUAUAAGAUUUACAGCGUUGAAGAAGGAUACUCUCUCCGUUUCGAAAACUGCUGAAUUCUAUUUAGUCAUAUCCAUAUUGUUUCUUUUUAUAGAACACGAUGUUGUGAUAUGAGAUAAUUCAUUUCCCCGGUUGUAUGUGCCAAGGAGUAUUGUCGUCUGUUCAACCUUGUGGGUUUCCUCCCACUGCUAAAAACCCCUGCGUGCAAGCGAAUUAUUGAACUUCAUCUGAAGUGUCACAGAAUUUAUACUAAUUAAUUAAUGUAUUAUUAGGUAAUAAAAGUCAUUUAAUCCUUUUAAGAUACAUUCCCGGGUACAAACUGGGUGAUUUAAUGAUAUAUUUUGACUAAAAACAUAUUCAAACUAAUUAAUUUAUCAUAAUUUUGCUUCAAAUCCUUCUCAAAAUAUUGCAAUUGCCAGGGAAUGACCUGGCUACAAAAAAAUCGAUCAAAAGAGUCAGUGACUUAACUCUCUCUCAGAGGAGAAUUCAUUGCAUACACAAGAUGAUGUCUUUAAUUGCCGACUAUUUAUUACGAAUAUUGAAGCCUAAUUAAAUUCUCGGAUUAUCCACUGCGCACAUCUUUUUCCGUGAUUUUUAUCUCAGAAAGUGUUGUACGUCUAACUCUUCAUAAAGUUAAUCAACAUGUACAUCAAGCGCUCAAUCUCAGCGUGCAACCUUUGACGUCACACGUGCAGACACUCCUAAUCGUUGGGCUGUCGAAUAGGGAAACCCUUACAUUUUUGUCCUGUAUGCGCUCAAUGAGUGUUUUUCAAGGAAUCCAGUAUUUUUCUAGUAAGAUUGGAUAUUUCUACUUUCCAUAUAUACCAAAAUUGCCAUACUUUUAUUUGAAAUAACCACCCGAUAAAUACUUUUCUAGGAACCUAUCUUUAAGCACUAGUGAUUAGUUUGAGUAUAUUUAAGUUUAUAUGAAUUCCACAUAAGACUACAUGUAGUUGUGUCAGUAAAACCAAAAACAAGACUAAAUUAACUCAGAACUAUUGUUUGGCAUAACCUAAGGGUUUUAAUAAUGCAUAUGUUUACAUUCCACCCCUAAUUUACAUAACUAAUGCUAUAGUUCUAAUAUAAUUCAUGUUCAUUAACAUAAAAUGACAGAGCAGGAAAUCAGACCAUGAAAUUAUUACCACUAUGUCGCAACAGUUGCUUUUAGAGGAUUAAUUAUUAUAGAUAGAAUAAAUGCAAAGAUAUUUAUGAUAUGAAAUUGUGCAUGAAGUAAUGUAAUGUUUUACAGUUCACUGAUAUCAUAUAUACUGUAGUUUUAAACAGUAGAUUUGUAUUUUAGUAUAAAUCACGUAGAUUGCUGACUGUUUACAUGAAAUAAACUAGUGAAAAUAC